UUUUACCAAGUUGUUGGUUAUGAAGACUAUUUCAUUAUCCAUUAAUGCAUUCAUUGGGAAAGUUUUUGCAUAUUCAUUUUUAAAUUUGGAUAAAUUUGGACAUAUGUUGUUGUUUCUUCUAUUUGUUAAAAAUUACACUAUAAAGCAAAUUUUGACUCAUAAUGACAUCCAAAAACUCAUUCCAAACAAUGUUUCAUUCAAGAAGAUUAAUCCAUCGUUAGCUAAUUUGGUCAAUUUCAAAGGUGAUUUUACUGAAUAUUUAUUUAUAGAGAGCCCGAAUCAAACUAAGCUGCAAAGUUUGAACUGUAUGAAACCUCCAAAAACUGCAUAUUUGGAUGAUUUGUUUAUUGAUUUGAAAGAUAACAAUUGGGUCAAAAAAUGGGCUGGUUUUGACAGUGAUAUUUUUUGUUCAUUUCUCAAACACUAUCUAUCUUUAUCCAUUGAUACUUUAGAUGCUUCCGUUUUGGAUUUUAAAGAAUUGUUUAAGUUGCCUGGGUUUAUCAUUAUCUAUGGUCAUAUCACUGAAAUUUUGGAAUCUAAUAUUAUGAUGAUUAAAAAAUUCAAAUCAACUCAAUCAAAAGAUACAAAUUAUAACAGCAAUUCUUCAACAUACAAUGCACUAAAGAAUUUCAACAUUUUUCUACAAAAGCUCCCAAUAAUAAAGAUCAUGAGAGUGAUUAGAGAUUUGGUUUAUGAAGGUGAUGAAAGAAAAAGCUCGAUGGUUAUCUCAAUGUUUGAAAAUAUCUUGUAUUCAAAGGCUAAAUGUGUCCAGGCUUUCAAUUCAGUAACUUGCGAAGCUAUUUACACUAUCUUCUUGGAAUUUUUACUACAUUUACAGAAUGAUCAAUAUUGUUUUACAAGAAAUUUGAAUUUAAGUUUCUGGAUAACAGGUUUGUUGAAAAUGCUGGGAACUGACAAUAUGAUUUGUCAAGCAAGGGCAUUAUCACAUUUAUUUAAUAUUUGGAACCUAAUACCAAAUGAUUCUUUCAUUAACCAGAAGAACAUUUUUGGAUAUGAUCCUUCAGAAUGGGUCAAGAAUCCAAAGAACUCAUUAUUGUUCAAUUUGUCAAAUCAUUUACUUUCACAAUCUGUUUGGGAAGCAUUUUUCAACCAUUGGCAUCCUCUUAUUCGUCAAUUUUAUCAAAGGUUAUUGGUGUUCAAGAUUAUUGGUAAUUCAACCGAUAACUACUCAAAUUAUUUGAACUUCAAAAAAGUGUUAAAAUCAAAUUUGGUAACCACAUUUGAGAUCUUUAGUGAGAAAACUGCUGAUUUAAACAUUUCUCCAAUAUUGAAUAUGGACUUAACCCCUGCAAAUCCAUUAUUGAAUAGAAAACUGAUAAUCUCACCAAUGGAAUCAUUUCAGUCAUCCAUCAAUAUACUGGAUAAUUUUGAUUCUUAUCAAUUUUUACAAAAUGGCGCUUAUUCAUCAAGAAAUUCUUCAUCUUCAACUUUGAUUAUUGAUUCCAAUAAAAAGAUUUAUGCCUAUGAUAUUUUUGAUGAAGCAAUAUAUUCAAGUUCAAUUGGUUCAACUUCAAAUAAUAAUCCAAGAACUUCUGUAUCUAAUUCAUCAACAAGAAAGAAUACACCAAAUUCAUCACCAUCCGUCACUCGUUCAUCAUCAGCAACAACAUUAGGGAGAGUUCCAAUCUUGGGAAGUGCUUUAAGUUUCUUCAAGAAAGUCAAUCACUCACAACCAACAAUAAAAGUUUCACCAAAUCCGUCACCCCUUUCAUCACCCCAAGCGUUGAGUUCUCCUUAUCAAGGACCAGAAGAUCAAGAUCCUUUGAAAAUUCGUCAAAGCACUACAUUACAUCCAGUUGCUUCAAUCUCGUCAUCAAGCUCUAGAUCACCAAGUUUCAAAACUCCUACUUCAUUACUAUCAUCACCAUCUUCAUCAUUAUCAGAGAUCUCAGAUGAAGAUCAAUUCAAUUCAUCCAGAAAAAAUAGACAGGUAUCUUCAAAUACUUUAAAUUCAUCAACUUCCAGCCGUCUAAGCUCUACUUCAUCUACAAGUUCUGUUUCCACUUCCACAACACCAAUGGAGUCAUUACCUACACCACCUGAGUUGUUAGUCAAAGUUCCAGAAGUAAAGAGAUUUAAAUUCAGAUUUCAAUUAACAAUAUCAAAUGAUCCUUCACAAUUGAGUCAUAGAAUUGUCAAUGCUAGCAAGACUUCUUCAAAGAAGUUCUUUCCUUCAGAAGGUCAUAAGGCUCAGUUGCCAAAAUUCCCUAGAUUACCAUUUGAUAACAAAAGCAAUGAGUUAGGAUUGAUGAAUAAUUCCAGCUCAUUUUACAGAUUUGAACAAGCUGAUGAAAGUUUUUUGAAUAGUUCAGAUGAAGACGAUGAAUUUUUAGUCAUUCCAAGAAGCUCAAUGUCGUCAAGAGUUCAAGAGGAGGAAUCUAAGAUCACUUUUGAAAGUACAAAGAAUUUCCUAUUGUUAGGUAAAGUGUUGAAUGAAUGGGAAUUAAUAGUUGAUGAAUAUGAAAAAUUCAUUAAACUAACAAAUGAAAUGGAUGAAUUGAAUCAUGAAGUUAAAGAUUAUGAAGAGUUUUUCCAUGAUCCAAUGUUGGUUGCUGAUAUUCCACCUACAAAAGUUAAUGGGUUCAAUGCCCAUGUAUGAAGUCAAUGAAAAUCAUUUAUUACGUUAUUUAAAAGAGAACAAGUCAUAAACUAAUUGUUUGUAAUCAUAAAAUCAUGUCAUUAUUUAUUUCUUCUUAAAAAAAAAGUUGUCUUGUAGGCGUGAGCAUUGUUGACAUUCAUGAAGUUGAAGUCGUCUCGCUUUCAUAUUGUGAGCUUUGUUCAAUUGGUGCAUCUCUUUCCUCAACAUCAACCCUGAAAUCAAUACCAUUAUCUUCAUCACGUCCAUAAAAUUCACCAGCUCUACCACUUCUCAACUCAAUAGGACGUUCCUUGUAAAUAAUAG